UCUCCGACGUGAUUCGGCCAAUGUCACUGGUCUUGCGUAUGAUCUUAUUUGUGGCCCAUGUCAAUCGAUGUCCCUCCCACCUUGGUACUUGUAGAAAUAUUUCGACCACAAUAGAAUAAUUAUUUGAAUCAUGGGCAAUUGUUGCGGGAAAGAGUCAAAAUCAUCCGACCCAUUCGAGCAGCCAGGACGUACCCUUGGAUCUGCCCCGCCGCCUUCUGCGAACCAACGAGCCUCAGUCCCUGCCAGAGCCAAUGUUCCAGGUCGGACCUUAGGUGGCGCCAAUCCGAAUCAAGACCCACGUGAAGCUGCUGCUAAAGCCGCACAGGAUCGAGCAGCAGCGACGAACAAGCCCAAGACUGGCAAAUUAGGGCAGCAGCUUGAUGAGCAGAGAAGGCAAACAAGAGCCACCACAUUGAAAGCCGAGAGCGAAGAGAACAGACGAGCAAGAGAUGCAGAUACUGCUGCUCAAGCCCAACGUUGGGAGUAAGCGGCAUUUUCUGAAGUUUGUGAAGCACUCAAUGGCGUUGGAUUAGAGCAUUUAACAGCAAUGAGGGAGCGUCUUCUCGAUAAUCUUUGUAUC